AUGGAGAUGGCGGAAGGCGGCAAUGUGAUGCAUCAUUGCAACGAAGUCCUCAACAUCAGCGCGAAGCUCAGCAGCAUCGGCGCCAAGAUGGAGGACGAGGACGUGGCGAUCUGCUUGUUGCACAGCCUCCCCAAGAGCUACGAGAACGUCGUUCUCAACUUGGAGAUGAGCAGCGCGGAACUGCGAUCGCGAGACGUCGUGAGAGUGCUCACGAAUGAGCACAUUAAGAGGCAAGGUGACAAGACGACAUCGGUGAAGACUGAAGACGCGGCGAAGGCGUUCAGUACCGAGCGUGAACCUCGCCAGUGUACAUACUGCGGAAAAUUGGGGCACACGGCGGAGCGGUGCUGGACCAAGCAGAAGGACGAAAAUCAAGGUGGAGCUCGACGCGGCGGCAACAAUGCUCGUGGACGCGGAGCCAACAACGUUCAGUGGCGGACCAACAACAACAACGACGACAACUACGAUCGAGUUGCGUUCGCGGUUUCGCUGGAGGCUGGACUUUCGACGGGCAAGAAUAUGCCAGGGAUGUGGGCAGUCGACAGCGGUGCGACGCAUCACAUCUGCAACGACAAGGCCAAGUUUGCAAGCCUGAAUGAGCGAGAGGAAGGCGAACUAUCAGUGGCUGAUGGCAGCAAGGCUGCGAUCAAGGGUGUGGGAACCAUCAUGGAACGGGUGGUUCUGCCCAAUGGUGACGAACGCGACAUCGAGAUCAAGGACGCACUGUUCGUACCAAGUAUGAGCAAGAAUCUGCUUUCGGUGCCACAGAUCAACAAGGGUGGCAGGUUCCAAGUCGUGUUCGAUGGAUCCAAGAUGCAAGUGAAGCGCAAGAAUUCCACACAAGUCGUGGCAACAGCGGAUCUCGUCGACCGACUUUACUGGCUGCGGACUCCUCAACGAUCGGCGAAUGCAGCGACACGCAAUGGGACUAUCGACUUGCAUGCGCGCAUGGGUCAUGCACCCCUCGAAGUUCUGCGCAAGAUGGUGGCCACCGGCAUGAUCAAGGACGCAAAAGGCAUCUCUCAACUCGACUGGUCCAAGUGUGUGUCGCGGUUGCCAGCAAGGAAAGAUGGUCCAAAAACCAUUCCCAACCAACCGUGA